AUGAAGGGCGAUUACGAUUGCUAUCUUGCUGAGUUCAAGAUCAGUGCCGAGCGCAAUGACCAGUCAACCCUAUUAGAUCUCAUUCUGUGUGCUUGGAAUAUUAUGCCUUUCAUGGUUGCAGUAUUCUUUAUGUGGGGUGCACAAAGGUCUCUUGGGCAGGCAUCUCCAUGCUUGAGUGCAUUUGCUGCUGGACAAGCUGCAGCUUUUAAGAUGUUUGAGACAAUUGACAGAAAGCCAGAGAUUGAUGCUUAUGACACUGAUGGGAAACAAUUACUUGAUAUCCGUGGAGACAUAGAACUGAGUGAUGUUUAUUUUAGUUAUCCUGCAAGACCGGAUGAACAAAUAUUCCAUGGAUUUUCUAUCUCAAUACCUAGUGGUGCAACUGCUGCUUUGGUUGGAGAGAGUGGAAGUGGUAAAUCAACAGUUAUCAGUUUGAUUGAGAGAUUUUAUGACCCCCAAGCUGGCGAAGUUCUUAUUGAUGGCAUUAAUCUCAAAGAGUUCCAGCUGAAAUGGAUCAGACAGAAAAUAGGCCUAGUCAGCCAGGAACCCGUUUUAUUUGCUUGUAGCAUUAAAGAUAAUAUUGCCUACGGGAAGGAUGGUGCAAACACUGAAGAAAUAAGGGCUGCUGCUGAGCUUGCCAAUGCUGCUAAAUUCAUAGACAAACUGCCUCAGGGACUAGACACAAUGGUUGGUGAGCAUGGAACUCAGCUAUCUGGGGGCCAAAAGCAGAGAGUUGCAAUAGCUAGAGCAAUUCUCAAAGACCCAAGAAUUCUACUUUUAGAUGAAGCCACGAGUGCUCUUGAUGCAGAAUCUGAGAGCAUUGUGCAGGAGGCACUGGACAGAAUUAUGAUCAACCGGACUACUGUCGUCGUAGCCCACGGCUUGAACACAGUAAGGAAUGCUGACACCAUUGCUGUUAUACAUCGAGGAACAAUUGUUGAAAAAGGUCCACAUUCUGAGCUAAUUAAGGACCCUGAAGGAGCAUAUAGCCAGCUUAUAAGGUUGCAAGAAAUGAGCAGCGUGUCAGAACAGACUGCUGUAAAUAAUCACGAAAGGCUUGGCAGCGUGGAUUCUCGAAGACAUUCAAGUCAAAGAUUUUCAAACUUACGAUCCAUAAGCAGGGGAUCAUCUGGAAGCGGAAAUAGUAACCGUCAUUCCUUCUCAAUCACAUAUGGUGUGCCCACUGCAGUCGAUUCUCUUGAAACAGCAUCUGUAGGACGUGAUAUUCCUGCUUCAGCAUCAUCAAGAGGGCCUCCAGAAGUCUCACUUCGUCGCCUGGCUUACCUGAACAAGCCAGAGAUCCCAGUAUUAUUACUGGGUACUAUAGCCGCAGCAGUCAAUGGGGCAAUCUUACCUAUUUUUUCGAUAUUGAUAUCCAGUGUAAUCAAGACCUUCUACGAGCCACCUCCUCAACUCCGUAAGGAUUCGAAGUUUUGGGCAUUAAUCUUCAUUGUUCUUGGAGUGGUAGCUUUCAUAGCAGUGCCAGCAAGACAAUACUUUUUUGCUGUGGCAGGGUGUAAUUUAAUAAAACGAGUUCGAUCAAUGUGCUAUGAGAAGGUGGUUUACAUGGAAGUAAGUUGGUUUGACGAUCCUGAGCACUCAAGUGGUGCAAUUGGUGCAAGGCUUUCUACAGAUGCAGCUUCUCUGCGUGGGAUGGUUGGAGAUGCACUAGGUUUGCUGGUUGAGAAUUCAGCAACUGCAAUUGCUGGUUUGUGUAUUGCUUUUGUGGCAAAUUGGCAACUUGCUCUUAUAAUCCUGGUUUUGCUGCCUCUAUUAGGAUUAACUGGUUAUGUUCAAGUCAAGUUCUUGAAAGGAUUCAGUGCAGAUGCAAAGAAAAUGUAUGAGGACGCAAGUCAAGUAGCCAAUGAUGCAGUGGGGAGUAUUCGAACAAUUGCUUCCUUUUGUGCUGAAGAGAAGGUGAUUGAAUUGUACCAGAAGAAAUGUGAAGGCCCUAUUAAGACAGGGAUAAGACGAGGGUUAAUCAGUGGGACAGGUUUUGGGCUCUCGUUCUUUUUUCUUUUUUCUGUGUAUGCCUGCAGUUUUUAUGCUGGAGCCCGACUUGUUGCAGCAGGCAAGACAACAUUCUCUGAUGUUUUCCGGGUAAGUUUUUAUUCCUUGCGCUACAAGAGCUUAUCCUCAGGAAGGAGUGUCGUUUCCACAUAA